AUGGUUAGAAAUUAUGUUAAAAAAAUUAAAAGAGAUGAAAAUGAAAUGGAAGCUAAUAUACAAGCUGCCAUACAGGUAUAUAAAGAAGGGAAUAUUGGUUACCGUGAUGCUGCCCAGCAAUUUGGAAUAAGGCAUACAACUCUUUUUUAUAGAAUUAAAAAGCUGAAAAAUAUAGAGGGUAUAAUACAAAAUAGUCCUGAUGAAAAUCGUUUUAACUCCAAGUAUACUGUUAACCAAAUAUUUAGUAAAGAACAAGAAAAUAUGUUAGUGAAAUACAUUUUAAGGUGUUCUCAAAUAAAUUAUGGCAUGACUUUGGUUCAGAUUAGGAAACUAGCUUAUGACUAUGCAGUAAAAGUAACUUUAAAAAUUCCAGAUUCUUGGAAACUAAAUCUAACUGCAGGCAAUGACUGGCUUUAUUGUUUUAUGAAACUCCACCCUAGUUUAUCAAUAAGAAAACCCGAAAAAACAAGUCUGUCUCGAGCUACUUCUUUUAACAAAACUAAUGUUACGGUUUUUUUUGAUUUAUAUGAGAAAGCUUUGAAAAAGUAUCCUGUAACACCAGGUAGAAUAUAUAAUAUAAUAUAUAAUAUUGAUGAAACUGGUGUAAGUACAGUAGUUGAUCCACCUAAUGUUGUGGCUCAGAACGGUGUUCGACAAGUUGGACAAAAUGUCUCUGCAGAACGUGGUCAAAUGAUAACAGCAUGCAUGACUAUUAAUGCUGUUGGUCAAUCAUUGCCACCAGUUUUCAUAUUCCCUAGAGUAAGAAUGAGUGAUCUUCUUAUGAUUGGAGCUAUUGAGGGAAGCUUAGGACUUCCUAAAUCCUAA